AUGGUGGAGGACUUUGACACCUCCCAGUGGCGAAUCUCAGCUGCAAGAAGAAUUCUGCAUAUUUAUGCAGCUAAAGGCCUGAGGGCCCACACGCUGGCAGCUGCAGAGCGCAUGAAAGCCCUGAGGAGACUCGAUGCCAAGGAGCACAGAGGAAAGACUCCCCUGCUGGUGGCUGUCACUGCCAGGCAGGCAGCCAUCGUCCACGACCUCAUCCAGGCAGGAGCAGAUGUCAACGCCGUGGACAACAAAGGGCAGUCAGCUUUACACCUUGCUGCAACCUAUGGCUACACCCAGGUCCUCCAGGUUAUCCUGUCACUGGGUUUCCCUCUGGAUCUGGAAAUGAAGGAUUUUGAAGGCCAUACCCCUCUCCACUGUGCUGUCCUGGCCCACAACGCCCUGCUGAGGGACCAGGGCAGGCAGGCACUGACAGAGGAGCAGCACAGGGAGCUGCAGCAGCAGAGCAGGGAGCUGGAAUCCUGCAUCCAUCUCCUGGUGCAGAGCGGAGCCUCCAUCUACAGCCGGGAUGUGAAAAGCAACAAGACAGUUCUUCAUUACACAGUCCAGGAUGGGAACGUCUCCCUGCUCAGGUACUUCCUGGAGCUGAACGCUUUCAAAUCCAAGGAUUUUGUCAACAACAAGCUUUUUCUCAUUUACAACCGUUACCAGUCAUACCUGACCAGACAGGGCACAGAUUUCUACACGGCCCAUGGCAACACAGCCCUGCACAUGGCAGCUGCUUUGCCUGGUAGCAAGAACCAGAAGGAAAUCAUCCAGCUGCUCCUGGAGCAUGGGGCAGACCCCAGCAUCCGGAAUUUGGACAACGACCAGCCAAUCCACAUGGCCCCUCCUGGAAAAGCUGGGGAUCAGGUCAGGCAUUUGCUGAAGAAAGGGAAAGUCACACCUGCGUUCAACUCCUGCCACAGAAAUGCCAGAUCCUGA